AUGGGUUCAAUAGGAAUGUUGACAGUGAGUGUGAAGCAAACUGACAUCAUCAUGGCAGCGACACCAGUGCAGAACCUGUGGCUACCCAUGUCAAACCUAGACUUACUGAUACCACCGCUCGAUGUAGGAGUUUUCUUCUGUUACAGAAAACCAAUGGAUCAUGGCGAUGAAAACUCUUGCAUUAUCAACCUCAUCGAACAAUCACUCUCUCUAGCACUUGUCCACUUUUAUCCACUCGCUGGAGAAGUCGUCUACACUAGCCAAGGCGAACCAGAGCUUCUCUGCAAUAACCAUGGUGUCGAACUCGUUCAAGCAUGUGCUUCUGUGGAGCUUAAAGAUCUUGAUCUUUACCACCCUGAUGAUUCUGUUGAAGGAAAACUGGUUCCAGUUAAAACAAAAGGUGUUCUUUCAGUCCAGGUUACCGAGUUCAAUUGUGGAGGGCUAGUAAUCGGAUGCACAUUCGAUCAUCGAGUAGCGGAUGCACAUUCCAUGAACAUGUUCUUGGCGUCGUGGGCAGAGAUUCAACGAUCCAAACCCGUCUCCUGCUUACCAUCUUUCAGACGCUCCGUACUCCACCCGCGACGCCCACCUCUCAUCACCAGCUACUACGACACCCUCUAUGUGCCUUUCUCUUCUCUUCCUCCAUCGCCAACUUCAGACCUAACAAAUCCCCUCAUAAGCCGCAUUUACUACAUCGAAGCCAACGAUGUCAAUAACCUUCAAGCAGUUUCAAGUUUGGAUGGAAACCCACAAAGCAAACUUAUAUCAUUUAUCUCACUUCUAUGGAAGAUAAUAGCAGAAGGUGAUGAUGACUCCACGACUUGCAGGAUGGGUGUUGUAGUGGAUGGGCGAGAAAGGCUGAAUGAUAUUGCCAACUUUGAAAAUCCAUCAAACAUUGAUUCUUUCACAAUGGAAAACUACUUUGGAAAUGUACUUUCCAUUUCAUCUGGGGAGGCGAGUUCCGAUGAUCUCAAGGAAAUGCCACUUAGCCAGGUGGCUAAGAUGGUCCAUAAGUUUGUCAGUGGUACAAAGACUAAGGAACACUUUAGGGGACUCAUUGAUUGGGUUGAGGUGCAUCGACCUGAGAAAGCAGUUACGAAGAUAUACACCAGAAUGGAAGACAACGAUGGGGGUGCAGUGGUGGUGUCAUCCGGGAUGCGGUUUCAGAUGGAAAAGAUUGAUUUCGGAUGGGGAAAGCCUCAGUUCGGGUCGUAUCAUUUCCCGUGGGGCGGCCAAACCGGGUAUGUGAUGCCGAUGCCAAGUGUAACGAAGAAUGGGGAUUGGGUGGUUUAUAUGCAUCUCCUUCAAAAGCAUUUGGAUUUGGUUGAGGCCAUGGGAACCAAGUAUUUUAGGCCUCUUACUGCAACUUACCUUGGUUUCUAAGCGUUAUCCUAAAGCACUACACCCAUACGAAUGCGAAAUUCGUAUAAUAAACAU